UCUGUUCACCAGGAAACGUCCAGAACCAUUUAGACGCAUCUUCUCCUUCAACAAAUACUCCACCUUUCCCUCUUCUUCACCGCUUCAAUUCACUAUCACACAACAACAUCACGCUAAAUUGUUCUCAUUACCAAACCAAACUCUUCGCAAUUGUAUAUAUAUAUAUAUUACCAAACCAUCCUAACUCAAUUUCUCCCAAACCAAACCCUUCGUCUUUCACAUCUCAAGGUUAGAAAUGAAUCCCGACAAGUUCACACACAAAUCAAACGAGGCUCUCGCAGCGGCGCACGAGCUCGCAAUGAGUUCGGGCCACGCGCAGUUCACUCCUCUCCACUUAGCCCACGCGCUGCUCUCCGAUUCCAACGGCAUUUUCUCCCAAGCGAUAACCGCCGCGGGCGGCGAGGACUCCGCACGCGCCGUGGCGCGCGUGCUGAGCCAAGCCCUGAAGAAGCUCCCCUGCCAGUCGCCGCCGCCGGACGAGAUUCCCGCGAGCACCAGCCUCGUGAAGGCCAUCAGAAGGGCACAAGCGGCGCAGAAGUCGCGCGGCGACACGCACUUGGCCGUCGAUCAAUUAAUCCUCGGAAUCCUCGAAGACUCCCAAGUCGGAGAGCUGCUGAAGGAGGCCGGCGUGGCGGCGGCGAGGGUGAAGUCGGAGGUGGAGAAGCUUCGCGGGAAGGAAGGGAGGAAGGUCGAAAGCGCUUCCGGGGACACGAAUUUUCAGGCUUUGAAGACUUAUGGGCGUGACCUUGUUGAACAAGCGGGGAAGCUUGACCCCGUUAUUGGGCGUGACGAGGAGAUAAGAAGGGUGGUGAGGAUUUUGUCACGCAGGACUAAGAAUAACCCCGUUUUGAUCGGUGAACCGGGUGUUGGAAAAACCGCGGUGGUGGAAGGGUUGGCGCAGAGGAUAGUAAGAGGUGAUGUUCCCAGCAAUCUUUCUGACGUGAGGCUCAUUGCGUUGGACAUGGGGGCGUUGGUGGCGGGUGCGAAAUACAGGGGUGAGUUUGAGGAGCGGUUGAAGGCGGUUUUGAAGGAAGUGGAGGAGGCUGAGGGGAAGGUCAUUUUGUUCAUUGAUGAGAUUCAUUUGGUUCUUGGUGCUGGUCGCACGGAGGGGUCCAUGGAUGCUGCGAAUCUCUUCAAGCCUAUGCUUGCUCGUGGCCAGCUUAGGUGCAUUGGCGCCACCACGCUCGAGGAGUAUCGCAAGUAUGUGGAGAAGGAUGCUGCGUUUGAGAGGAGGUUUCAGCAGGUUUUUGUGGCGGAGCCUAGUGUGAGUGACACCAUUAGUAUUCUUCGUGGCUUGAAAGAGAGAUAUGAGGGACAUCAUGGUGUUACAAUUCAGGAUCGUGCUUUGGUUAUCGCAGCUCAACUCUCUAGCCGCUACAUUACCGGGCGUCAUCUUCCUGACAAGGCUAUUGAUUUAGUGGACGAGGCUUGUGCGAAUGUGAGGGUUCAGCUUGAUAGCCAGCCUGAGGAAAUUGAUAAUCUUGAGAGGAAGAGAAUGCAGCUGGAAGUGGAACUUCACGCUCUGGAGAAAGAGAAGGAUAAAGCCAGCAAAGCCCGUCUUGUAGAAGUGCGGAAAGAACUUGAUGACUUGAGAGACAAACUUCAACCUUUGAUGAUGAAGUACCGAAAAGAGAAGGAGAGGGUUGAUGAGAUUCGGAGGCUCAAGCAGAAACGAGAAGAGCUUCUCUUUGCUUUGCAAGAGGCUGAGAGGCGAUAUGAUUUGGCUAGAGCUGCAGACCUGCGAUAUGGGGCAAUUCAAGAGGUGGAAACUGCAAUCCAACAGCUUGAAGGGAACACUGAUGAAAACUUGAUGUUGACCGAGACUGUUGGACCUGAGCAAAUAGCUGAGGUUGUGAGCCGCUGGACUGGUAUACCAGUGACGAGGCUUGGCCAAAAUGAAAAACAAAGGUUGAUUGGACUUGGUGACAGAUUGCACAACAGAGUUGUAGGGCAAGACCAAGCUGUUAAUGCUGUUGCUGAGGCUGUUUUGAGAUCGAGAGCUGGGCUAGGUAGGCCUCAACAACCAACUGGUUCAUUCUUAUUUCUUGGUCCAACUGGUGUUGGCAAAACUGAGCUGGCAAAGGCUCUUGCUGAGCAACUCUUUGAUGAUGAAAACCAACUGGUGAGGAUUGACAUGUCCGAGUACAUGGAGCAGCACUCAGUUUCAAGAUUGAUCGGUGCACCACCAGGGUAUGUUGGACAUGAGGAAGGUGGACAACUAACUGAAGCUGUAAGACGAAGACCUUACAGUGUGGUGCUUUUUGAUGAAGUGGAGAAGGCACAUACAUCUGUGUUUAAUACUCUUCUUCAAGUUUUGGAUGAUGGAAGGUUAACUGAUGGACAAGGGCGUACUGUGGACUUUAGAAACACUGUCAUUAUCAUGACCUCAAACCUUGGAGCAGAGCACCUCCUUAGCGGACUUUCAGGAAAAUGUUCCAUGCAAGUUGCUCGGGAUCGUGUAAUGCAGGAGGUGAGAAGACAUUUUAGGCCAGAGUUGUUGAAUCGACUUGAUGAAAUUGUGGUAUUUGACCCUCUUUCACACGAGCAAUUGAUGAAGGUUGCAAGGUUACAGAUGAAGGAUGUUGCUAGUCGUCUUGCUGAGAGAGGAAUUGCUUUGGCAGUGACAGAUGCAGCACUAGACUAUAUUCUUGGCGAGAGCUAUGAUCCGGUGUAUGGUGCUAGACCAAUUAGGAGGUGGCUUGAGAAGAAGGUGGUGACAGAGCUUUCUAGAAUGCUUAUAAGGGAAGAGAUUGAUGAGAAUUCAACAGUUUACAUAGAUGCUGGACCAAAAGGGAGUGAGCUGGCCUACCGUGUAGAAAAUAAUGGAGGGAUUGUUAAUGCUACAACUGGGCAGAAGUCAGAUAUCUUGAUCCAUAUACCUAACGGACCUAAAACUGAUGCAGCUCAAACAGUCAAGAAGAUGAAGAUUCAGGAAAUUGACGAUGAUGAAAUGGAAGAGUGAAUUUUAUGAUAACUGUAAAAAUGGUUUGAUGGCUAAAGUUUCAGCUUUUUGUUCCUCUUAAAUUUCCUUUUUUUGUUUUUGUUUUAUUAUAUAUAUUCUGAAAGGGUGUGAGUGAAAAAUGAAAGUCCGUAGCGCCUGCAUUUUGUUUGAUCAAUAAAAUUUCUCUUUGUAGAUAAAUUGAUUACUAAAGUGAGGUGGACAACAUUUGAAUGAA